AUGUUAUCAGAUUUUUUCAACAAUUUAGCAUCAUUUUUUAGUAACAUAUUCUCAUUAUUUGAAGGUAAAAAACAAACAAGAAUAUUAAUGAUUGGACUUGAUGGUGCAGGUAAAUCAACACUUUUAUAUAAAUUAAAAUUGGGUGAUAUUGUUUCAACCGUUCCAACGAUUGGAUUCAAUGUUGAAACCAUUGAAUAUAAAAAUUUAUCAAUGACAGUUUGGGAUGUAGGUGGUCAAUAUAAAAUCCGUGCCUUAUGGAAACACUAUUACCAUGGUACAAACGCAAUCAUCUUUGUAGUAGAUAGUACAGAUCGUGAAAGAAUGGAUGAAGUUAAAGAAGAAAUUGACACUCUUUUAAUUCAAGAAGAAUUAAAAGGUAUACAAAUAUUAAUAUUUGCAAAUAAACAAGAUAUGAAUAAUGCAAUGAAUACAUCAGAAAUUGUAGACUCUUUAAAUUUAAAUUCAAUUAAAGAUAGAAAAUGGUAUGUUCAACCAUGCAGUGCUAUUAAAUCACCACAUGGCAUCUAUGAAGGAUUUGAUUGGGUUGCAAAUUCACUCAAUAAUAAAUAA